AUGAUAGGGGAACUUGAUGCAUUAUCUAAGAACCAUACAUUGGAUCUGGUUGAUUUGCCUCCUAGAAAGUAUGUGAUUGGUUGUAAGUGGAUCUACAAGAUCAAGACUCGCUCAGAUAGUUCUAUUGAAAGGUAUAAAGCUCAACUUGUUGCCAAAGGUUUUACACAGAAAUAUGACAUUGACUAUGAGGAGACUUUUGCCCCACUUGCUAGUCUCUCCUCUAUUUGCACUCUCAUGUUGGUUGGCAGCUCAGUUUACUUUACAAUCACUGGUCUAGAAAUUUCCCAUACCAUGCAUGAGGUCACCCAGUUCAUGUCUGCCUUUCGAACAACCCAUUAUACUGCCGUCCUAUACAUUCUUCGGUAUCUUAAGGGCACUCUCUUCCAUGGUCUGCACUUCUUUACUCAGUCUCCACUAGUUCUUCGAGCAUACUCUGGUGCUGAUUGGGCAGGUGACCCCACUGAUCACUGUUCCACCAUAAGUUACAACUUCCUUCUCGGUUCCUCAUUGAUCUCUUGGCGUAGCAAGAAACAGAUUGUUGUAUCUCAAUCUUCACUGAAGCCAAGUAUCGUGCCCUGGUAG